AAGCCCUUUGGCUCUAAUCUAGGCAGAAAAAGAAACCCGUAAACCAAGUCACUCAACCGCCAGGCGGAAACGCCUGGAGAGGAGCCAGAGAGCCGCAGGAUCCUAAAUCGCAGUGAGAUAUGCCCCGUAAAUCUGAGAAACCCUGUUGUUACGCACGCUAAAAGAUGAGCAAUUUGGCCAACUCACACUUAGUCUAGACUCCAAAUCUCUCCUACUUUCUUCCACCAUCACUCUAAGAUUGUUUCAGUUGUUGCAAGACUGAAGACUCUACCUUCCGAACUGCCUAUGAAACCUGGAAUAGAGGGGCAAGGAUCCUUCAGGUACCCUACAGACGUCAAAAAGCUGAAUUUCACUAAAUUAAGACAAUGACCCAAGAAGGAAAGGAAAACCGAAAGUAGGAACCACUUAGCGCUGCUCAUGAUCCCACCCGGACUCAUUUUUUUCCAGUUGACAGGAAGUGGAGGACUAUCUAACCCCACUUACCGGAAGUACCUUUUCAGGAGCACUUUGCUGUUCUUGAAGCUCAGCUUUCCAUCUCUCCGCGCGACACUGGCAACAACAUGCUCUGAUUCAGCGUGUCCACUUAUGAUAGCUAUAAAAAUACAUUCAUCAGAACUGCCUGGCAUCUUCCUGAGCAAGAUUUCAUUAGGUUUCAGUAUGCUUCACUUCAUCCAGAAGUUUUCUCAAGCAUCUUCAAAGAUGCUGAAGCACUCUUUCACAGUUGGACUAGGAGCCAACAGAAUAGAAACACUUUCUCUCAAGGCAUGUCUCCAAGAGAACUUUUCACCUUUGUUUUUAAGGCCUAGGCCUUUCUCAUCAUUUCCAGUGUGUAUGAGCAAGACACAAUACUACCAUACUUCCCCAAGCAGCUUUAAGAAGAAGCAGAAGGAAGAAGUGCUUCCAGCCAGGCCACCGAAAACUAUCACAUUCCUGCCUGACAGCCCAAAGCCAGCAUUAUACAUCUCUCUGGCCGGACUAAUCCCCUUCCUUGCUCCACCAUUGAUCAUGGUGAUGACAAAGACUUACAUCCCCGCAUUAGCUUUUACUCAGAUGGCUUAUGGAGCCAGUUACCUAUCGUUCUUGGGAGGAAUCAGAUGGGGUUUUGUUCUGCCAGAAGGUAGUCCAGCCAAACCAGAUUACCUCAAUUUAGCUAGUAGUACAGCUCCUGUCCUGUUUUCAUGGUUUGCCUUCCUUUCUUCUGAAAGGCUCAGUGAAGCUAUAGUCACAGUAAUAAUAGGUUUGGGGAUAGCAUUACAUAAUGAAUUUUUCCUUUUGCCAGAUUAUCCCAAAUGGUUCAAAGCCCUGAGGAUAGUAGUCACUUUGGUGGCCUUUUUAUCAUUUGUAAUCACUUUAUUACUUAAAAAUAUUUAUCCAGAGAAAGGACCACAGAGACCUGGUCAAGUAGAAUAAAUAUAAAACUACUCGGUAGAUGUUAGCACGAUGGCUACAGCCUUGUAAGGUUGUUUUAUAUAUCCUUUUUCUUCUACUACCGUUUAGCUCUUUGUUUCCCACUAAUGGUAAUUUAGUCAUAUUUUUUCACUUCUAAAAAAAUCUAUUUCAUAGGAAUUAUAUGAUCAACAGCUUGAAAAUCCCUAACAAAUCGUUUUUCUGUUAUAUUAGGUUAAAGUUCUCAUUUAGUCAGGAAUUAUUGGGGGGGGGGGAGUAAAAUUAAAAGCAAAAAUGAAAAAAAUCCCUUUUGCUAGAGCCUAAGAUCAUUGAAAAACACACAUACUCUCCCAUUUCAAGAGGAAAACUUCAGCCCAUGAAUGUCUGAAAAUAAGUGUUCCAGGGUAGAGUUUUCAUUGCAGCUGCCCUGGGGAUUGCAUUCCCAAGCUCAUUUUACCUGGUAUAACCUAGUUAUAUGAGCUGAGAGGAUCUGUGGCUCUAAAGUCAUUUGGGAGUAGUGUCACAAGGGGAAGUCAUGUUUAAAGAGAAUCUGGACACUUUCCUAGUUUUUAUCAGAAUAUUUGGCAGAGUAUAGCCGUAACUUACUAUCAAGUAGAACACCAGCAGAUCAAAAUUAUUUAAAUGAUAAAGCUGUUAGUACAUAAAAUUAGGAAAAAGCAAGCUGGAGCCAUCUUGAUAUUCUAAUGAAUAGGGCUAUCUAAUGUUACAUGUUAACUCCCAGAAAGCUUUUUUAAAAUAGCAAAAACAUCACCUUCAGAUUCUAAUUUGAAAACCUUGUCUUUUGGGUUUUUUAGUCUCACAAAAAAGGAAUUUAUGUAAGAAUAUAAAUAAGGAAAUGAUUUCA